CGCUUCCUCCCUUUCGUUCAAGACACCGUUUUACUUUUUUCUCUAAAAUCUCAUGGCGUCAGGCCUGUCGAGACGGCGAGUAGCGGCAUCGUCGUCAUCAACGUCGCUCUCUCCACCCACUCCGCCCUCGACCAAUAACGUCGGCGGCGGCACAUUCUCAAAUACCAAUACAAAUGGCGGUGGACACGCAGGCUCAGCAUUCGAAGGCGGUACCAGGAUUGCAUACGACCCACGAGAUCUCGCGAGUGCAGAUUCUGAGCAGCAGCCGAAACUGACGUUGAUGGAGGAAGUACUCUUGCUGGGCAUCAAAGACAAGCAGGGAUAUCUCUCUUUUUGGAACGACAACAUUUCGUAUGCCCUUCGCGGCUGCAUACUGCUCGAACUCGCGCUUCGACGACGUAUACUGCUCGUCAAUGACCCGAACCGUCGACAUUUACCCCUUGCCGAACGCUUAGUCGAGGUGCGAAGUGAUAAGCUCACGGGCGAGACUAUUCUCGACGAAACGCUGAGAAUGAUGAAAAACCAGGAAUCUGUUGAGAGACUGAGCGUUGGCAGCUGGAUUGAUCUAUUAUCUGGUGAGACGUGGAACGUCCUAAAAAUCGGGUUCCAGCUCAAGCAAGUUCGUGAGCGCCUUGCCAAGGGCCUUGUCGAUAAGGGUGUCCUUCGCACCGAAAAGCGCAAUUUUCUCCUGUUUGACAUGGCCACUCACCCAGUUGCCGAUGUGCGUACGAAGGAAUCGAUCAUAUCCCGUGUCGUUUCUCUCCUUACCGCCACCACGUCGACUGUACCUCCAGAAGCCCUAGGGAAGGAAGAGGCUGUCAAGGAGCGUACAGCGCGUGCCGUCUGUCUCGUCUGCGCCGCUUACACUGCCAGCGUGCUCGAUAAUGCUUUUGGCAGGCUUGGAUACGAGGAGCGUGAGAGUGCAUUCCAGCGGUGUGACGAGAUACUCGCAGAGUUUAGCGUCUGGCCGUUUGGAUCAGAGAGCGGAUUAGGGAACGGGAAUAGCUCUAGGAGAAGGAAUAGAAUUGCCGAGGGCAGCAGGACCGAUGGCAGGGAAGCUGUUAUUGGCUUGGUUAGUCAAGUUAAACGUGAGGCUGGGGGGCCAUCGGGAGAGGGCGAAGACACCACGUUUGAGCUCGUCGCGGCCGUGCUGGAUGUUCUAGCCAAGCUGGACUCAUUGAUAUGAUGGUAAACAGCUUGAAAAUCACGUCGUUCUGAAAUACAUAGGUUCAAUUUUCUCACUCGCGGAAGGUGGUCGGAGGAAUGGAUUUGGCGGUGCGCAUAUGCGAUUUCUGAGCCAAAAAAAUGAGUCUGACAUGUAUUUAUUUCCCUCCAGUUAUCGUGUACUAUUACAUGCCUAAUUCAGGGAUC